CCGCUGCUGCUGUUGCUGUUGCCGGGCCUUCGUAGUCGGCGGGCGAAAUGCGGCGGUGUGGCCGACGAGCCGGCUCUCCGAACUGCCUGGGUCCGGGGGCGGAGGGCCGGUCAUACGGGUCUCGGGAGUAAACCGCGACCGGAAGUUGGUUUCUGGGUGAUCGGGGCCUGGUUCGUUCACGGUUUUUCCCUUUCCUUCUUUGCAGGCAACUCGCACUGUCUUCCUCCUGUGGCCGUCCCUGAACUCCACUGAGCCAUGGGGGAGAACAGCCCACAGAAUGUCAUCUACUACGAGGUGGAGGAAGAUGACUUGGCUCGAGAUGACAAACUGAUAAGAUUUGAUGACCAGAAUGGCCUGGCUUCACCUUCCUCCGGGACAGUCUAUGACAGGACGACCGUCCUCAUUGAGCAAGACCAGGAGCCAUUGGAGGAGGAGGAGGAGGAGGAGGAAGACGAGGAAGAGGAAGGGCAAAGCAGGCUUCUUCUGCCUUUCUUACAGGAUGAUAGAUUCCACUUGAUGGCCGAUCAUGAAGGCAUUUCACAGGGCUAUGUGCAGCAUAUUAUUUCACCAGAUCAGAUCCAUUUGACUAUCAAUCCUGGCUCAACUCCCAUGCCGCGGAACAUUGAGGGGGCUACCCUCACUUUGCAGUCAGAGUGCCCUGAAACCAAGCUUAAAGAAGUGAAGCGCUACCAGUGCACAUUUGAGGGCUGCCCUCGUACCUACAGCACUGCAGGCAACCUGCGCACUCACCAAAAGACCCACCGUGGGGAGUACACCUUUGUGUGCAAUCAGGAGGGGUGUGGGAAGGCCUUUCUGACAUCCUACAGCCUGAAAAUCCAUGUCCGGGUGCACACCAAGGAGAAGCCCUUUGAGUGUGAUGUUCAAGGUUGUGAAAAAGCCUUCAAUACACUGUACAGGUUAAAAGCCCAUCAGAGGCUUCAUACGGGGAAAACAUUUAACUGUGAGUCAGAAGGAUGCAGCAAGUACUUUACAACCCUCAGUGAUCUGCGGAAACACAUUCGGACUCACACUGGAGAGAAGCCAUUUAGGUGUGACCAUGAUGGCUGUGGGAAAGCCUUUGCUGUUAGCCAUCAUCUGAAAACACAUGUCAGGACACACACUGGUGAGAGACCUUUCUUUUGUCCCAGCAAUGGGUGUGAAAAGGCCUUUAGCACACAGUAUAGCCUCAAAAGUCACAUGAAAGGACAUGAAAAAGGAUCCUCAUACACUUUGUUCUCCAACAACAAUCUCUCUGAGGCACAUGGACAAGACCUGAGUACAAUCUCACCAGCAAGCAUCUUUGAGUCGAUGUUCCAGAGCCCGGAGCCUCCUCCAAAUCAGGAAGACUGUCAGCACACAGAUGCCUUGAUGGGAGAUUUUGAUGGCAAUACCCAGCUAGCUCCAGCAGCCCAGCCAGCAUCAGCAGAGACUGCGCCCUUAUCUCUGCCGCUUGUUCUUCAGCUUGGCAUCUCUGAGCCUUCCCUCCAAGCACUGCCUUCUGCAUCCACGGGUGCUCAGCCAGCAGCGUACGGCACCCCUGCCAGUCUCCUGCAGCCUCCAGAAGUGCCUCCUUCUAACAGUACACUUUUGGCAGCCAAUCCCCAGGGCUUCCUGCACCACCUUCAGAGCUCUGCACAGCCCACGGGGGCUGGGCUUCCUGGAGUCUCAGAGGUCACCUCUGGACCAGCAGCUGCAAGUGCCUCUGAGGUCCUGCCUAGCAGAGUUCAGACUGUGCCUGUGGGAGGGAGCCCUGCGCUACCCAGCAAUCCCAGGGUUACCAUCACCCCCUCACAAAACCCAGCCAUUUUCCAAUCCAGCAUCAUCAUGGGCGAACAAAACCUCCAGUGGAUUUUAAAUGGUGCCACUGGGACACUGCAGAACCAGGAACAAAUGCCACAGCCUCCUGUUGUUGAGAAGGUCUUCUUCACAACUGCUCUCCCUGUGGCUGGUGGUGCAGGGAGUCCGGUCCAGCAGAUUGGCCUGAGUGUGCCUGUGAUCAUCAUCAAGCAGGAAGAGGUGUGCCAAUGCCAGUGCGCCUGCCGAGACACAAGCAAGGACAAAGCUGGCACCAAAGGCUGUGCCUCCCUCCUCUCGAAGACCUUGGGGAACCCCCCGGCACCAGGGCCACAGGACUUCCCCAGGACGGUGACCAGUACGUCCACUGCUACUGCUAGUUGUUCAUCUGUGUUGCCUCCUGCUGAUCAGCAGAGCACCCUACUGGGCCACCUGCCUGGCUCCCAGAAACAGUCCCUAAGUGCCAUGGAGGCCUCCUGUUUUCUUUCUUUCCAGAGCUUGGAGACAGCCUCUCCUCUCUUGCAAGGGGAAGAGAGUCUUGCCUUGGGCAGCAACUUCCCUUAGGGAAGCCCUGGAAAGCAGCAACAGAGAUGGGUGAGGGCCAGCUGCCCUGGAGCGUGUCAUGGGAUCCUUUCUCCCACGAGGAGACGCAGCCAUGCUGGCUCUGCCUCAUUUGUCACUUUGGCUCAUAGCAAUGUGAGCGUAGGAACUGGUCACUUUGGAAGGAGGGGUGGGCGGCCAGGCUGCACCUUGCUUUCAGGAGGGUGGAAUGGAGUGCUUCUAGGCCUGGGGGUGAUUCAGGGUAGGGACCCUGUAAGCAGGGUGUCGGGAAAGAAGUCAGUGUUUGUGUGAAAACAGGGAGACGGAUGGGGGUGCAGUGGGACCUCUAGCAGCAGCAGUAAAACGUAAGAGAUGCCCUCCCCACAGCCUCCUCUCUGCUAGCUGUAGAAGACAAAUGGUGCGCAUCACGAUCAGACUUUGCACAUGAGUAAAAGGGCUGUUGGCUCUUUCAUCUUACCUUUCUGUCCUUCUUGGCAACCAAUUGCACUGCCUGGGUGUUUACAUGAAUUCAGGGGCUAAAAGGAUUUGCACUGUUCAGCUUUAUCAGAAUGACACUCUCAGCAUGGAGCAGCUCUUGCUAGAAAGUAUUCCUCUCAGAAUGGCUUACUUUAGGGGGUUCAGAGGGGUGCUCAGGGGUCUCGGUGUUGGUCCAGUGGAGACUGAGGAGCAAUCCAGCUUGGGCUGGCAAAGCAGACUGUCUUUUCUUCAGCAGACUAUUGGGGUGCAGUAAGACAGCCUACCUGCCCCAUCGGGGAAGGGCGCCUUUUCUCUCUUAACGUACUCAGGGUAAAAUCCCAGCAUAGAAUUCCUGGAAGGUUUGGGGAAAUCUUCUUUCUAAACUUUUGUACAUGUUUUUAUUUUGUCACAUCCACUAUAUUUGGAUUUUCUAGUAAUCCUCUUUUGUUCCCAGGACAAAUGCCCAUUCCUUAGAAUGCCCUUCCAAGAGUUUUUCUCAAGUUGAGAGGCAGGCAGGGUGGUCAAAAAGCAGAAGUGGAAAAAACAGGGUCAUUGCCGUUGUGACAUGGCUGUGGAGUGGAGGCAACUGCAAGGCCUUUGAAGGAACCUUGCAAGUUCUGGUGCUUCUGCAGGAGGGGGACAGGCCGGCUGGUUGCUGCUUUUCUGGGACUAGUCCAUGGGCAUUUCUGAUGCUUCGCUCCCUCAUAAGUUAAACACAGACAAGAAUCUCCUGAAUCUCGCCCUGUGCCUGGGAGGCGUGUGUAGUUAAGGUGCUUCUUGUUGACUUUGGAGAGCUACUCUACUGUCAGUUGGGGUGGGGCUUAGACUAGCAUGGAUUUUGAUCACGUGUUAUAACAGUGUUCCCUUUGCUUGAUGCUGCCUGUUGGAAGGGUGUCUCCCUCCCCCCCCCCACUUUGGGAGUUAACUGAUCCUGGGGACUGAGGGUUGAGUAACUUAAUUGUACAAAGACUCCAGGAAGUAAAGAGUUCCAGUGGACUUCAUUUCAGCUGUGUAUUGAGGGUGGGAGAAAGUUAUUAGAGCGGGGCAGUUUUCUCGGGGAUAUGGACCUCAUCUCUCUGACUUCUCAGCAGUGAUUAUACAGGCUGGGGAAUUCUGAAAUUGUAGUUCAUGAACAUGGAAAUGACUAAGUUUUAGAAAAACCUGCUCUAGAGUCUAGUGUUUUCUGGCAGUUGCUUCUGUUAUUUAAGUUUAGGGAAGGAAUAUAGUUCACUGGGGCUGAUCUAGUUAUACUUGCUGGCCUCUAAAAUGCACUUUAAUUCUCUUUCAGCUGAUGGCUGCAAUAUCAUUUGUAAGUAACUCUUCACAGUCCUUGGGUAUUCUUUUUUUGUUCUGAGUAAAAAGUAUGUGAUGUGCAGAAAAAAGUACUUAACUUCAGUGCAAUACAUUUAGCUAGAAAUAUCCACAUGCACUCUGUGAGUGUGGUUAUAUGUAUGUAUAUGUGCGUGCAUGCGCACAAGUUUGUUUAUGUGGGAGCGAUGGAAGGGGCACAAAACCAUCACUCUGCCCUUUUCUGACUUAUGCAUCUUUAAGCAAAUGUCCAGUCUAUGCAAAACCUUCAUUAGUAGCCUGAGCUGAACAGACUUGGUCAGAUAAGAAUCUUUCCAGUUUUGGUCACUGCUUGGAGACCUUCCCAGCUCUGUCCUGCUCCUCACAAGGAAGAGAAGGAACAGGCUGCUCUUUGCUGGUCAUGAAGCUGUUCGGAAGACUCUGCUCCUGCUUUCCCGAGUGCCCUGCCACCACCUGCCUGCCUUAUUUCCAAGACACAAGACGUUCCAAAAUUUCAAGGUACCAACAAGAGUAAUUAAUCUUGGAAGAGAUGGCAGUAACAGUGGUGAGUUCUUCUUUAUUAAAGCACAGGAAAUCUUGUUUGGAGCAUCUAUUGGCCCGGGAUGUAAAUGCUACUCUCCUAUAUCCUUUGCGUUUGCUACACGUCUAAAAAUAGCAUCUUCUGUUUUUAGCCAAUGUUUCCUGCUAGUGAGGGCUGGUUUUUCAACUUCUGCAUUGUUUAUUGUUUCUAAGCUUUGGAGUCUGUUCUGCACUGAAAAAUGCCAUGGAAACUGAAUAUAUUUAUGUAUGGUUUGUCUGUGUGUGUGUUGGUGAAAAUGGGUGAAAAUGGUAUGUUAUCCACACUGUGUUUUCAAUAGUGUGCACGCCGGCCAAACCCAGUUUCUAUGCAGUGGACACUUUCAAGUAAAUGCAUUAUAUUUUCCUUAUCACUUGGGUGUUUUAGUUUUUCUUCCUACAUACAGUCUUCAUCAGUAAAGUCCAGGGAAGAAUGAUUAUUGUUGUUGUUCUUAUUUUAAAAUAUGUAAUUUGAAGUUUUUUCUUUCAUUUUGCAGUGUUAUUUCUUUCCAAAUAGUAAGAUACUGGCUUAGAUCAUGUGGGCAAAAAGCAAAGUACCAUUCUAUCUAGCCACAGUCAGGGUUAGGAGUGGAGCUAAAUGUGAGACUCUACUGAAUAUCAGAAAACAGUCUUUCAUAUGCACCUUUUCCUGUCGGGCAGAAAAACAUCCAACUUGUGCAAGAUGGAGGGAGAGAAAACCCUUUAGUUGAAGAGAAGUGGUUUCCUUCCUUUUUUUCAGCAGGCACUUUCCCACAAAGAAUGGUUGAUUGCUUCCUAGAUUAAGGAGCCUGGAGACUCCAAAGGUUCUCAGAUAAUUUUUGAAAGUGCCUUCCUGGGUCCUGUUCACUUUUGGACUGUAAUCUAAAUCUUCAUGAUCAGAUUCUGACUGGGUUUCAUGAAAGGUUUAGCCAGUUUAUGAAAGGCUUAACUACUGCAAUGCACAACUGCUACAGUUUGGUUAGUCUUAGUUUGGUAAUUGGUCAGCCCAUUGUGUUAAUUCAUGAUUUGAGGUGGUCUGUGAAUUGGGUGAAUUGAAAGAUUAGGUUAUGCGUGUUGUGGGAACCCUGCCUCAGUAUUGCUAUGGCUAAACUCCACAACCUCAGAGGACAUAGUGGGGAGAAUUUGAAGUAACCUGUUUCUCUCAGGAGUACCUAUACUGUGUUUAAGCACAUUUAGUUUAACUUUGAAACCUGGGAUCAAAUAUCUGUGCAUUGAGUGAUGUGAAGAUGCUCACUAUAGGUACAGUACUUCCAAAGGAAGAGCUUUCCAAAACACCAGAAGAAUAAACAAAGUUGUAUUUUUGAAGAAUGUAAAAUGUGAAAUAAGGUUUGCUACCUGCUUGUUUGUAUAAAAUUAAUAUUGUACUUUGAUAUAUCUGCAAGGAAUUAGAAAAUAAUUUUAAUUGAAGGCAAUAUUAGUAGCAAUUAAAUAUUAAAUGCUUAUUUAAAUGUU